AUGGGUUGCGCCGGAUUCACCUGUUCCAAGAAUUCCCUCUGCGCGCUCAACAUCCUUUAUGUUAUGGUGAGUUUGCUGAUGAUCGGCAUUGCGGCAUGGGGAAAAUGGUUUGGCUUGGUCUCCAGUUUUCAGGUAGUGGGAGGCAUUAUUGGAGUAGGUGUCUUCCUGUUUUUUGUUGCCCUGGCUGGACUCAUUGGUGCAAUGAAACACCACCAAGUUCUUCUCUUCUUUUAUAUGAUCAUCCUGUUCAUGGUGUUUGUGGUCCAGUUUUCAGUGUCCAGUGCGUGUCUGACCAUUAACAAAGAACAGCAGGAUCAUUUGGUGGAAGUGGGCUGGAACAAUUCCCAAACCACCCAGAAGGAUGUGGAAAAAAGCCUCAACUGCUGUGGUUUCUCCCACGUGGAUUACAACGGAACCUGUGAAGCAGCUUGUUUUUCGCAUCACACUUGCAGUACGUGUGCGUCUAAGAUCCAGGAGCAUGCAGGGGAGGUGCUGCGAGUUGUGGGAGGGAUUGGCCUUUUUUUCAGCUUCACUGAGAUUCUGGGCGUGUGGCUAACAUACAGAUACAGGAAUCAAAAGGAUCCAAGGGCCAAUCCCAGCGCUUUCCUGUGA